GACGAGAGGCAGCCAAGUAUUUGUCAAACUACUAGCAAACGUUGACUGCCCUGCUAUCAGUUGAGAAAAUAUAACACCUUACGGAAGAUCUCGCUAUCUUUUGAGCUCACUUGUUUGUUUGUUGAGGCCUUAGUUUUUCAUAUUAGCACGAUGUCAACUCCAGCACGGCGACGUUUAAUGAGAGACUUUAAACGGCUGCAGGAGGAUCCCCCUGCUGGAGUCAGCGGAGCCCCAUCAGAAAAUAAUAUCAUGGUUUGGAACGCAGUCAUUUUCGGGCCAGAGGGAACGCCUUUUGAAGAUGGAACCUUCAAACUUACCAUUGAAUUCACAGAAGAAUAUCCUAAUAAACCUCCAACAGUGAGAUUCGUCUCCAAAAUGUUCCAUCCUAAUGUGUAUGCAGAUGGUAGCAUAUGCUUAGAUAUACUUCAGAAUCGCUGGAGCCCAACCUAUGAUGUUUCUUCUAUCUUAACUUCAAUACAGUCUUUACUGGACGAGCCAAACCCGAACAGUCCAGCCAACAGCCAAGCAGCCCAGCUUUACCAGGAAAACAAGCGGGAGUAUGAGAAGAGGGUUUCUGCUAUUGUUGAACAGAGUUGGCGUGACUGUUGUUGACACCUAAUCACCGGGCAUAUGAACAGUGUGCACCGCAGAAUCGAGAGAAACCACCAAUCGAGAAGACAUCAGAAACACAGAUACGACGAUGCACCUUUUAAGAUCCUGCAGUAUACUUUGUCCCCUUACUGUUGCUAAGUUUGUAUGCUGUAGUGCUGUGGCAUUCACUGCUGCCGAAUGCUGUUGUUUGACAGGAGCAGAGUUAAAAGUUAAUGUACCUUGUUAUCUCUGGGUUACUUCCUAUACGCCUGUUUUCUUUUUCAACACUCAAUAGCCCGUCUCUGAAUUGUCAAACCUCUUCUUGGUAAUUCAUGCAUCAGGUAUGUAAGGCUGUGUGGUUUGGUUUGUAAAUACUGCCAGUUUAUAUUCACAGAAAAUAAAGCAGUUAAUUUUCAAUGGGCCAACAACAUGAAAACCCCUCACCUCCCUUUCUUUUUUGUCUGCACAUUGAAAGCCUUGGAGGGAUAAAAGA